AUGGCUCCCGUCAAGGAAUACUCUCUUCUCUGUCUGGAGAACCCUCUCCUCGACAUCCAGGCCGUCGGUAACCAGGAGCUCCUCGACAAGUACGAGCUCAAGGCCAACGACGCCAUCCUGGCCGAGGAGAAGCACGUCCCGCUCUACGAGGACCUCCUCAACAACUACGAGGCCAAGCUGAUCGCCGGCGGCGCCGCCCAGAACAGCGCCCGCGGCGCCCAGUACAUCCUCCCCUCCAACAGCGUCGUCUAUCUUGGCGGCGUCGGCGAUGACAAGUACGCCGCCACCCUUCACGAUGCCGUCAAGGCCGCCGGCCUUCGUGUCGAGUACCGCGUCGACCCCAAGCAGCCCACCGGCCGCUGCGGCGCCAUUAUCACCGGCCACAACCGCUCUCUCUGCACCGACCUCGGCGCCGCCAACCACUACGACCUCGACCACCUGAAGAAGCCCGAGAUCUGGGCCCUUGCCGAGAACGCCGAUAUCUUCUACAUUGGUGGCUUCCACUUCACCGUCUGCCCUCCUGCCAUCAUGGAGCUCGCCAAGAAUGCGGCCGAGAAGAACAAGAUCUUUGUUCUGUCCCUCUCCGCUCCCUUCAUCCCCCAGUUCUUCAAGGAGCCCGUCGACGCCAGCGCCCCCUACUGGGACUACGUCAUCGGCAACGAGACCGAGGCUGCCGCGUACGCCGAGUCGCACGACCUCGCCUCCAAGGAGCCCAAGGACGUCGUCAAGCACCUGGCCAACCUCCCCAAGGAGAACGGCAAGCGCAAGCGUGUUGCCAUCAUCACCCAGGGCACCGAGCCCACCCUCGUCGCCAUUCAGGGCGAGGAUGCCGUCAAGGAGUUCCCUGUCCACGCCAUUGACCCUUCUAAGAUCACCGACACCAACGGUGCUGGCGACGCCUUUGCUGGCGGUCUCCUCGCUGGUAUCGUCGAGGGCAAGUCUCUCGAGGAGUCUAUUGACAUGGGCCAGUGGCUCGCUCGCCUGAGCAUCCAGGAGCUUGGACCUUCGUAUCCUUUCCCCAAGCAGACCUACAAGUCGUCCUAA